AGCAUAGGAUCCACUUCUCACAUAGAUACCCUUCCUUCACUUACCGCCCUUUACGAUCGAACGAAGAAAUAUAUUUCCUUUCCACUCCUGCACGAUUCCUUUCAUACACGACUCGAGAUACCCAAUUCACAAUGGCAGCACCAGCAGUUACCGGCCCAAUCCUCACCCUCAACAAUGGCGUCAAGAUGCCCGCUCUGGGCUUUGGCACGUUCGCCAACGAAGGCAGCAAGGGCGAAACACACAAGGCAGUCGUUCACGCUCUGGAUGCAGGAUACAGACAUCUCGACUGUGCUUGGUUUUACCAGAACGAAGACGAAGUGGGAUCCGGAAUCCGCGAAUUCCUAUCACAAAACCCCUCCGUCAAGAGAGAAGAUAUUUUCAUCACGACAAAAGUAUGGAACCACCUCCACGAGCCCGAGGACGUGGAAUGGAGUUUAAAGAACUCGCUGGAGAAACUGCAAACGCCAUACGUUGACGCAUUCCUGAUCCACUGGCCCAUCGCCUCAGAAAAGAACGCAGACCGGACAGUGAAGAUUGGAGCAGAUGGCAAGUACGUCAUCAACCAAUCUUUAACCAACGACCCCUCCCCCACCUGGUCCGCCAUGGAAAAGCUCUACGCAGCCGGCCUCACCAAAUCCAUCGGCCUCUCGAACUUCACCUCUGCAGGCAUCGCCCAGAUCCUCAAGUUCGCGAAAGUUAAGCCUGCGAUCAACCAAAUCGAAAUCCAUCCCUUCCUGCCACAACAACCAUUAAUCGACUACUGUUUCUCGCAGUCAAUAAUACCAGUAGCGUACUCGCCGCUCGGAAGCCAGGAUCAAGUUCCCGGCACAGGCGAGAAAGUAUCUACGAAUAAAGAGCUGAACAAAGUGGCAGAGAAGAAUGGAUGGAGUCUAGCUCAGGUACUGAUUGCGUGGGGAUUGAAGAGGGGGUAUGCGGUUUUGCCGAAGAGUAGUAACGAGGGGCGGAUCAAGGGGAAUGCGAAAUUGGUGGAGUUGAAUGAGGAGGAUUUUGAGGCGGUUGAUAAGGUGGCGAGUGGGCGGUGGAGUCGAUUUGUGAAUAUGAAGGAUACGUUUGGGUAUGAUGUUUGGCCGGAGGAGAGUAAGUGAGUUGAGCUGAGCUGGUCUCGCGGGAUUUGGAUAGAUAUAGAACUAGAUGCAUAGACUUGGCGUUUCUUGCCUAGAAGUAUCUGCCGUGCUUUCAGUCCUUGGUUCUGUGCUGGUACUUGCUUCACUGCUUUCAUAAGGACUGCCAUGCUCUGAC